AUGGCCGGAACGGCCGCACCUUGGGUCCUUGCGGUGCUGCUGACGGCUGCAUGCGCGUGGCCCGCGGCCGCAGAGAAAGUGGGGCUGCUUGGCGGCUUCUUCCCUUUCGCGUAUACGGAUGAGCUCGGCGCGCUCACAGGCUUCGACGUGGCGGUGGCGGCCGAGGCGUGCGCCGCCGCCAACAUCUCCUGCGACUUUGUGCCCAUAACCAAUGUGGCAGACCGCAUCCCCUCGCUGCAAAACGGCACCGUCGACAUCCUGGCGGCGGCGCUGGUGUACACGCCCGAGCGAGAGGCCCUGGUGCAGUACGUGCGGCCCUUUUACUAUGCCUCGGGCACCUCUCUGAGGGCCCUGGAGGCAAACGCUGCGGGGCUGGCAUCAAGGGGCGGCUGGGAGGCCAUCCGCGGGCAGCCGGUGUGCACCGUGGACGGCCACUACCUAAACGAUUACAUCCAGGAAACGUACAAGCCGAAGCUGGUGGUACUGCCCAGCGAGGGGGCGGUAGUGGAUGCGCUGGUGGCUGCCCGCCAGUGCGUGGCCGCCUUCACCGACUCGGCCUCGCUGGUGUUCGAGCAGCAGGCGCGCAGCAGAUACAACGCCAGCGUGGUGGCGGUACCCGGGGAGGCACCGCUGGAUACCCAGCCGUACGGCCUGGCGGUACGCCAAGGGGAGGACGAGCUGGCCACGCGGCUGGCGGGAGCCCUGGUGGGGCUUCUGAACGAGGGCAACGCCUCUGUCAUUUACCAGCUGGAGCAGGAGUUCAUUCUGGCCAACGGCGGCAGCCCCGCGCCCUACCUCCCCACCUUGACGGAUGCGCUCACCUACCUGGUGCCGCAGGAGGAGGAGGAGGAGGCGGGGGCGUGA